UACGUUUGAACGGGUGGCAAAGGAGAUAGUCAUGGAUAUCUUUUUAUGACUUUUUGAAAUAAGUUUAAUUUAAUUUAAUUAGAUUAAUUUAAUUAGAUCUUAAUUCAAUUUACAUAUGUUUCUAAUGUUAGGUAAUAGGAUUUUUCGGAUAUAUCUCUUGGUUUCUGUACAGAAUUCACGGAUCUUUGUGCACCUAUCUCUGUCUCCAAUAUGGAUACAUCUGAAAAACUCUACGACGAGAAAGGUAUUUUGAAUUGCCCAUUCUGUUCCUUAAAACUGAAGGAUCCCAAGGAACUGAAAUGUCGAUGUGUCCUAUGUUAUCAAUGUAUUGAUAAGCACUUCAAAUCCCCAACACAAGAUAAUGUAAAAUGUCCCGGAUGUGACACGCCUUCAGAAAAUCCACCAGAAAUCAAAGAUAUUUCUCCCCUGCUUGAAAAGUUGUUACAAGCAAAUUCAGGUUCUCGACACGCGUGUGAAUCGCCCGGAUGUAAUAACAAUGUACGUUUUCCCUACAUGUGCGUCAAGUGCCAAUUGCAUCUGUGCAAGAACUGUAAAAGACUCGUGUGUCCCGGUGUCGUCAAGGACAUCGAAACCACAUGUGAACACGAGGCCUGUCCGUUCGAAAAUAUCUCUCCAGAACUAUCGCGCAUUAUCAGCAUGAAAAAACAAAACUCGUGUAAGGAUCAUGAGAGAGAUCUCGUUUACUACUGCGAGAAAUGUCACGUGUGCAUAUGUGAGCUCUGUAAACUAGACAUCCAUCCUCACCACCAUUAUGUCGAUAUCAACAAGAAAUCUGACUCCUAUCUCAUCAUGCUGCUGGAACAAUGUCACGCGCUUACUAAGAAGUUGGAAGAAAAUGAAGCCGCGUUGCGGAUUUACCAAGAUAUCGUUACCUGCGACGCGAUUCCCGAUAUUGUCAGUUUGGAGAAGUGUAAAUCUAAGGUCAGCUGGUUCAAACAAAAGGUUGAGAAGUGUGACUGUCUAAUAAGAAAUAUUACCCAACUUAAGAUAUUUAGGUCCGCAAAAGCGAUUUUGAAAAUCGGUAAGGAUAUACAAGAGGAUAUUUCGGAACAACUUAAACUGUCUCCCUUAAAUGAUCUUCGCGUCGUUUCUGAGUGGUGGCGUGAAAUUGAAAACAAAGUAAAUGUGUCGGAAUCAGCAGAGCAGAACACGAGUAUAAUGGAUUACACGACUACGGCUGAUGAUGAAAAAUCAACAGAAAUCAAUGAAAAACAAAGGAUGGAAAUGGCCAGUAGUUUUGAGGUCAUUUCAGUUGAUAGCCAGGAAGACAAAGGUCCAAGCAAAGAAGAUCACAAAAAGCCACCAAAGGUGUUGGCGCAAAUAGCCAUAGAAAAACAAAGAACUAUACUUACAAGGUCGAAGACGGAUAAGGCUGGCCAGGACAUAGUCACUGAUGAAAAGGCUUCAACAAGUGGUCUGAAAGGCAAAUCAUCACCUCAUGAUCAGGUAACCGCCAUUCCUGAUGAGGAGUUCCCAGUAACAAGAACAAAAACAAGUAUGAAACGAACAAUAAAGACAAGAUCUUAUACAUCUGGGACUAAUGAUGACUACAGUCAAAGACCCGGAAGUGGAAAGGCAAAGCGUCCCAGACUGACAUCGUGCGUGGAAGGUUCCUUGACAGGUUCCGAAGGGGAUUUCAAGCGUCUCAGUUCAACGACCACCAUGCACGCAAGUUUUUCACUUAAAAGCACAGUCGAUGAGGCUAAACUCGCUAUUGCUGAAGUCAUUGGAACGGACAAAGAACACCUUGACAUAGUUGACAGUGGGCGUGCUUUGGAGGGAACUAAACUGGUGAGGGACAUACAGCGCCCUCUACAGGUUGUCAUACAUAACGUCAACAGACAUGUGCCGGUAACCCUCAGAACUUCCGCCCCAGACAUGGUGGAUCCCGAGGAAGAGGGUCCACGAGUUGAAAUGUCUUGUGGCCAUGCAAUCACUCCUGAAAAUUUGUACAGAUACUGCUUGAACCAAAUCACAACUCCGAAAUCAUCUUUUCUGUGCUUUGCUGAGAGUGGCCAAGACGGCGGACGUUGUGACAAGGAAUGGCUAUUCGAGGAAAUAGCCAAGAAAGCAGGUCUAUCUUAUGACGAACGUGUUCUUUUCGAAUCGCUCAUCAACCGGAAGAGGAUGAAUCAUUCUCCAGAAGUACUCGUAUGUCCCAACUGUCGCCGUAUAUGCAAUACGCAGAACACCAAAAACGCAUGCGUAAAGUGCAUCCACUGUCAGAAAGCUGGGAAGACACAGUUCAGGUUUUGUUGCUAUUGUUUAGAGAAGUGGACACCAAAGCAUACAUGCAAGAAAAUCACAGCACAAGAAACGCUUAAUAACUGUGAUAGAAAAACAAUAGUAAAUGUAGCCAAUUGUCCUUCAAUUCGCGCAUGCCCAGAAUGUCACACCUUGAUACAACACUCCGAGGGUUGUAAACACAUGAGGUGUGUCAACUGUUUCUGUACUUUCUGUUUCAUCUGUCUCUGUGUGAGGGGUGACGACGGCUUCGAGUGUGGUUCGUUUGAUGCAGUUUGUAAGACGGCGCCAAUUCAAAGUGUGGCUUAAAUUAACAGCAAAAAAGAAAGAGUGCGAUGACGACCAUUUAACUGUUAAAUGAGUCCAGGACAAAAUGUACAGUUGGCCAUAAUUAAACAAAGAAUACUUUACUAAAAAAAAAAAAAAAA